GCCCAAUCAGCCCCAGUCACUCCAACAACAGUAUCUGUACCAAGAGCAGUUAUAUCAAUCACAAAAACCCCUUCCAGAAACUUCGUCAAGUAAGUAAAGUUGGAACUUCACAAUUUUGUGUCCUUUUAUCUUUCAUCAUUUGAAAUUGUGGCUCAAGAGGUAGUCCAAUUUUCAAGGUCCUACCUACUACAUAGUACAUAGCAUCAUUGAGGGUUAGAUGCAUAAAUUGUGAGAUCGUAAAAUCUUUAAGGUCUAUGUCCUGUAUGUCUAAGGGAAAAAAAGGCAAAAAAAAAAAUUGAUGGUCUAUGUCCUCUAAUAAAACUAAGGUCCAAAGUUGAUGUUACAAAUCAGAAUCUUAAAACACCAAAAGAUUGAGAUUUUAGUUAAUUGCAUGGGCUGGGCAUCAAAUAUAAUAUACCUAAAUAGGUCUAGGGUUGGAUAGCAAUAUAUAAAAGAGAAAAUCAAGUUGUUGACCAUUAUCUCAAGAUCAAAGGUAGAAUGGCACCCCCCAUCAAAACAGAAUCAGAGGCUGGCAGUUCAAAAUAGAGGCAAAAAUAAAACAGCAACACACAGAACCACAUCCAGUCUCAAGCUUCAGAUCAAUCAGGAAGUGUUCUAGCAUGUAAUAGGGUUUUGCUAGUUGUCGAUGUCGUUCUAGCAUAUAAUAGGGUUUUGCUAGAUGUCAAUGUCGUCAGAUUCUAUGGAUUCAACAGCACAGACUCGACAGCCAAGCGGGGGUGAUUGGCAAGAAGAAGUAUAUCGAAAAAUCAAAGCUAUGAAAGAGAGCUACUUGACAGAGCUUAGUGAGAUGUAUCAGAAAAUCGCAACGAAACUUCAGCAGCAUGAUUCUCUUACCCACCAACCGAAGUCGGAUAAGAUUGAAAAGCUUAAGGUAUUUAAAAUGAUGUUGGAACAUCUUAUAACCUUCCUUCAGGUUUCCAAGAGCAACAUCUCACCUAGUUUAAAGGAGAAACUGGGUUCAUAUGAGAAGCAGAUUAUAAAUUUCAUAAAUACAAUUAGACCUAGGAAUAUGUCUCCAUUGCAACCGGGGCAGCUUCCCCCACCUCACAUGCACUCAAUGUCACAGACGCAGUCCCAAGUUACUCAAGUGCAAUUGCAUGAAAAUCAAAUGAAUAAUCAGUUGCAAACAACAAAUAUCCAAGGCCCUGGAGCAACAAUGCAGCAGAAUAAUAUGACGAGCAUGCAGCAUAGCUCUCUGUCAGGUGUAUCGUCAGCACAGCAAUUGAUAUCACAGAUUCAAUCUCAGCUUGCACAAUUGCAACUGGGUUUGCAACAACAACCAGAGAGCUAUGCUAGUACCCAAGUCAAUGGUUUAAAGCUGCAAGUGAAUGGUCUUGAGUCCGAGAUGGCCAACUAAUCAUAGCCAGCGAUGAAGAUGAAGGUGAUGGUCAUGAUGAAGAGGAUACUGGUAAGAAACUUGGUGAUGUGCAAGAUGACCAAAUCCACGCAGUUAUGAAGAACGGGGUUAAAACCUGUAUAGUCCUGUUUGAUGUUACAUCUUCAUCUAGAUAUGAUAGGUUUUUGAACCUGUAUUGGAAUUCCUUUUUGCUUUCUUUAUUUAAUUUCCUGCAUUGUAAUGUUAGUUGAACCGAAAUAAAUAAAUAAAAAAUCUUUAGUUGAA